AUGGCUACAAAUGAUGGUGAAGAAGAAACUGUAGAAGAAUUGAUAGAAAAACAACUUGAGGAGAAAGAAAAAGCAAAACAACUAGUCGUACAACUUAAGGAUGAAAUCGAAAAAAUGAAACGUGAAGCUGAAGAAAUUGAACUGAUCGAGGAAACAAAACAUCGAAAUGAAAUCGAAAAAAUGAAACAUGAAGCUCAAGAUAUGCAACAAAUCGAACUAGCUAUAUAUCAAUAUAAAAUGAAAAAAAUCGAUCGUCAAAUGGAAACAACUAUUCGUGAACGUGAAAUGUGGAACCGUAUCAAUGAACCUCUGGAUCGUCAACUUGAAAUAAUAAGACGUACAACAGAAUUGAAGAUACAAAUCGAAGAAGCAAAACAGAAACAAAUACAUGAAUCGUACCAAAAUAAAAAACGGAAGCUAGAUAUCGAAUCCGAUUCAUCAUCAAUUAAAAGACGUCCUAAUGUGUUUACAUCUCAUGAUUAUUUUUUCGAUAUCGAUGUACCCGAUGAUUUACAAUCGUUCGAUAUUAAUGUGGCAUUAAAUGACAAUAAUUAUUUUAAUGAUAAUAUAUUAAAUAAUAUUGAACAUUAUUCAAAUCAAUUUUCAUCAUAUCCUAAAUUAAAUGAAGAAGAAAUUCAAAAAGAAUUUGAUCAAUUAAUUAUUAAUUUAUUAAAUACAUUGAAUAAUUCUACAUCAUUAAAAUAUUUAAAUACAUCUUCUUCAUAUUAUUUAAAUAAGUUUAAUCCUCAUUGUACAUUUAUAUAUAAAAAUAUAAAUAUUGAUAUUGAUCAAGAAAAAUCAUGUUUAGAAGAUUUUGUUAUUUGUCUUGGUAAUUUAAUGUCUCCAUAUGUUUCUUUAUCAACAAAUUCAAUGAUUGAAGAAAUAUUAUUAUAUUUGAAAAUUAUAUUGAAAAUACAAAAUCGUGAAAAAAUAUAUGGUUUUCUUAGUAAUUAUACACACAUCAAAUUUUUUUAUGUGAAAAAGAAAUUCGAUUCGGAUUCGUAUGAAUUUUUUCAAAGUCAACAAUUAGAAAUGUUUACUUAUUCGUCUGAAGUAUUAUCGUCUAUUGAUACGUCAACAACAACUGAAAAUACAAGAAAAUUAAGUGUUAAUCAAGAUGCAUGGAAAAUAUUUAUAAAUUUUUUAACAAUGAAUAUUGAUUUUUAUCAAUAUACAAGAUUAAAUA